UCAAUACUCUCUACAGCUGUAUAAAGGCACUACCUGUGCAUAUUGGUCCAAGUGAACGUUGAGCCAUAUUGGCUCCUUCACAUCUGUUCGUUAAUUAGGAUAAUCCUAGAAUGCCUCCGACUCCUCCUGUAUCUGGGGGACCAGUAUGUAAUGGAACUACUCACCCACAGCAUCAGCCAAACUUCAAUCAAACUGAAAUACCACAUGGUAGUCAGCAACCUGCUUCUACUGCAUUGAUGAAUGGUCAUUCUGAAGAGGUCAAGUCAGCAUAUUUCUGUCAAGAAAAUGAGUCUGAAAGAGGGAAGAGGGGCAGGCCACCCAAAAAUAAUUCAAAACAAGAACAAUCUACUUCUGUUCCAAAUGGAAAGAUCAAGAAACGAGGUCGUCCACCCAAAGUGAAAAGUGAAGAUGUUCCAUCAAAACAGAGUAAAAUUACCGACACAAUGAAGAAAACUAAAAGAACUGUUAACAGGUUCAAAGGAGUGACAAAAGAAGAGUUAUUAGAAAAAUUUUUACCAGAUCGUAUUAAACAUGAUCUCGAUAUUUUAAUUAUUGGAAUCAAUCCUGGUUUAUUUGCUGCUUACAAAGGUCAUCAUUAUGCUGGUCCUGGGAAUCAUUUCUGGAAAUGUUUAUAUUUAUCUGGAAUGAUCCCAAUUCCAUUAACUGGAAUGCAAGAUUAUCUAGGUCUUGAUUAUGGAAUUGGUUUCACAAACAUUGUAGAGAGAACUACCCCCGGAAGCAAAGACCUUUCCAGUAAAGAGAUCCGAGAAGGGGCAAAAAAACUUAUAGAAAAAAUUCAGUUUUAUAAACCAAAGAUUGCAGUAUUUAAUGGAAAAGGAAUUUAUGAAAUAUUUUCAAAAGAGAUUUUCGGUCAAAAAAAGAAAGAUUUUGUUUUCGGUACUCAAAUCAAUAAAAUACCGGAAACUGAUACUUACAUUUAUGUGAUGGCAUCAUCAAGUGCACGAUGUGCUCAAUUCCCUCGAGCACAAGAUAAAGUUCAUUUCUACAUCAAAUUAAAAGAGCUUCGAGAUAGUUUGCGAGGAGUAAAAAGUGAUGAACCAGUCCAAGAAUUAUCGUACACAUUUGAUUUGAAAAAGGCUACAGAGCUUGCUAAAGUGCAACAUAUAAAGCAAGAGAGAUUUGAUCCCGAUUACGACACUUUUGAUGCAACAAAGAAUGGAAAUACAUCGUACCCAGUGUUCACGGCAACAAAUGGUCCUACGACUUCUAAUGUACAAACUACUUCCCAUAAUGCAAUUGAUAUGAACAAUAAUACCCACAAUGCAACUGAUAUACCCAGUACAAGCGCAACUCCGCAAACCAUGAACAAUAAUAACAAUGCCACAAGUGCGGAUGUUAAAAUUGUGCAACAAAAAACUGUGAAAGAAGAUAAUAACGUUAUGGCACGACAUGCACACCUUGUGCGAUAUUUACGCCAAGACGCAGAUUCUCAAGAACCCGGUCCAAGUCAAGGACGUAAGGGAUCGCAACAACCUGUCACUCUUAGUCCUGGCAACCCCAAACUUCAGCAAGACAUCAGUGAAGAACUCAGACAAGAACGGGUUGGGAAUUGGGUUAGGGAACAACAAAGUUUAGAAUAUGAUUCAGAGCCACCUAUGGGUAUGGAUAGGCCAGACGAAGGGGCCCCUGGGGCACAAGACGCAGGAUUAGGGGGCCCUGUUGAAAUGGACGGUGCUAGUCAAUUAAGUGUUAUGAGUGCUGGUGUGUCUGGUUCGGCGUCCGAGUCGACCUCUGGUUACGGGUCGAUUGAUGCUAGUAGUCGUAGAGUUCGGCUAGACCGAGUUGAAAUGUGGGUUUUAGAACAGCAACAUGUGCGUCGGCACAACGCUGGAAAUCAACAACAAAUUCAACAGUCGAUUCAGGCUGCUAGCAGCAAUUCCUUUAAUCCUCAAUCUGCCGCUGCUGUGAGACCGGAAUCUCAAAUUCAACCAAGCACUGUUGCAGGAUGGCUCCAAUCGGCUACGAUCCCGAACACAAUGCCAGCCGCUAGUUUCGGGAUUAUGCAGUCCCAAAGUGGCAUGACACCUGCUAUCUCAAGCCAAAUGUUCUCCAAUGGAAAUCGAGCUAUACAGAGAACAACUUCUGGUCAUAUUAACCAAGUUAACAUGGUUAUCGAUCAGAUUGUCGCCGGUCCUACAACAAGCGCAGGAAGAAGUUCUCCGUAUGGUUUCAACCGCACAGGAACACCUUCACGACGUGAUGGAGGUAGCGGGAGUUCUUUCAGCACCGCAAUUCGUCCACCAGUGCCUCUUUAUAGUAGUUGGGGAGGGGAGGGUUCCAAUUCAGGAGGAUCAGCUAUAUCCUCACCUGUUGUGCCAUUCGUGGCAAACUCUUCGACCCAUGCAAGCCCCGUACAACCUUUUAUUGCCAGUGCUAAUAAUGCGUCUUUACCUACUUUAACAUCUCAAAAUUUUUCUAAUGCUUUGUCAAUGUCAUGUCAAUCUGCUGGUAACAAUAGCUUUCUUGCACCUCAUUUUAAUCUGUGAUUUACUGUCUAAUAUUUGUAUACUCCUUGAGCACUGAUGAAUCUUCUUCUGUUGCCGUAGAUACGUCUGACCGCGAUCCACAUCCCAAUAUCUUUUGUGGACGAAUCAGUAAGUAUUUAGUUUCAAAUUCAUACAUUGCAACAAAAUGCAAUUUUUGAAUUUCUGACUGUUUCUGAUUAUUUUCUAUUUCCAUAUUAUCUUGUUUUAAAACCUGCUAGAAACCUAAUACAUUGGUGGACAAAUCUAAUAUUUCAAAUUCCAGAAUUGUAAGAAAGCACAAUUUCUAGUCUGAUUUCUAACCAUUUAAAUGAUUUAAAAUUCUUUAAUUAUUUUGUUUUGAAAUUUGCAGCAAACCUAAACAUUAGUAAAUUGGUCUAAAAAUUAAAAAAAAAACGCUACAAACUUAGUAGGUUAAACUCAGAAAAGUUAUAUUAUUUCGUAUUCAACCUAUUCCUUCUAAAUGAUGGUGCUUUUGGUCACGGAACUCUGUAGUUCUC